AUGCACUCUCCAGAUGUUGCAAUGCGCCUUCUAUCCUUUUCACCACCCAGAAGAACACGCCACUUGGGACAAAACUGCGAUAUGAAGUUGACACCAGCGGUAUAUUUCCAGAUCAGCCCUGAAAUCUUCAAUAUCUUCCCCAAGGAUAUGCCUUAUUCUCGCUCCCAAUUUAAGAAGUGUGCUGUGGUGGGCAAUGGAGGAAUAUUGAAAAAAAGCAAAUGUGGAAAAGAAAUAGACAGUGCAGAUUUUGUCUACAGGUGCAAUUUACCUCCCAUCUCUGAAAAAUAUGUGGCGGAUGUUGGGAUGAAGACAGAUGUGGUGACAAUCAACCCGAGCAUUAUAACAGAAAGGUUCCAGAAGCUGGAGAAAUGGCGAAAACCUUUCUAUGACGUGCUACAGGGUUAUGAGAACGCCUCUAUCCUCCUCCCUGCCUUCUACAACACCCGCAACACAGAUGUGUCCAUUCGAGUCAAGUACGUCUUGGAUGACUUUGAGACCCAGCAGUCUGUCUACUAUUUCCAUCCCCAGUAUCUCAUCAACGUCUCCCGUUUCUGGCUUAUCCAAGGUGUGCGUGCGAAACGCAUCAGCAGCGGACUGAUCCUGGUGACAGCUGCUCUGGAGCUGUGUGAUGAGGUCCACCUCUAUGGAUUUUGGGGUUUCCCCAUGAAUCCCUCGGGGAUCUUUAUUACCCACCACUACUAUGACAACGUGAAGCCUCGACCAGGCUUCCAUGCCAUGCCUUCGGAGAUCUUCAACUUCAUUCAUAUGCACAGUAAGGGCAUUUUACGCGUACACACGGGCAUGUGCAGCUAG